GAAAUUUUCCAGCUUUCUUCAGGACAAGGUCACUGUUCCAAGUGUCCAGCCCAGAAAUCAUCCAGCUUGGAGGCAGUCCAGACUGACCAUACCAAGACUGCCUUGGACCAUGCAGCUGAUACUGCUAUGCAUCAUACUCAUCACCUCAGGAGGUAUGGCCCCAAGCCAGGGGAGCCUGCUGCAACUGAAAAAAAUGAUUAGACAGGCAACAGGAAAAAAUCCCAUCUUCAGCUAUCUGAACUAUGGAUGCCACUGUGGACCAGGGGGCAGAGGUCAACCCAUAGAUGCAACUGACUGGUGCUGCAAGGCACAUGACUGCUGCUAUGAGCAUCUAGCCGAACAGAAAUGCUAUGCCCAUUUGGACGUGUACAAGUACAAAUAUGUCAGCGGGGACAUCGAGUGCUAUGGGAAGAGUCAUUGCGAGAAGGAGAUUUGCCAGUGUGACAAAGAACUUGCCCUCUGCCUGCGACGAAACCUGGAAACCUACAAGAAACAAUUCUGUUUGUCUUGGUUGUUCUUCUGUCAAGGCGAGAAUCCAGAAUGCUAGAAAGAGGUCCUCCAUCAUCCCUGGUGGGAAGAGAGCUCUGGAUGGGGCUCUAACCCUAACAUGUUUACUUUUAAAACAACAACAAAAAGUAAAACUAAAAAACAGAGCCUACAUACUGGUUUUGAGGAUUUCGUGUUCAAAAAUAGACUGGGGUCUCUGUAGCAUAUUAUUGAGAGUGCAUGGUGCUCUGGAUAUCCUAUAAAGGCCCUUCUAGUUCUGAAAUUCUUUCCUCCAAGGUCUUUUCCUAGUGCCAAUAUUCUGUAUUCUAAGGGUCUUCCCAUCUCUGACAUUUCUGUGACAUUCUGCACUAAUUUUCUAUAAUCAAUUAACUAUUCUGAGAACUACCAGCCUCCCUAGAAUAAGAAUGUGUCCACUCAAGGUCACUUCUCUGGGAAGAACAAUUGUUCUUUAUUCAUACAAGUUCUCCUCAACAAGUUUGUGGAACCCUUAGCUACCUAGUUUCCUCAUCAUGUCUUAUAUUGAGGUCUGUGGGACCUCACCCCUGGGCUCCAGGAGCAGCCUUUUUCCUCUCUUCCAUUGCUUUGGAUAAUACAGAAGGGAAAGUUGACCUGCUUCUCAUCGUCUCUCUUGGGAAAGCCUGGCUGGGCAAUUUCCCCAAGGUUUCCAUGUCCCCAAUGUCCUCUAUAGGAUCAUGAUUUGAUCUCUCCUGACUCCAGGGCUGUCCAUGCUCUAUCCAUGGAGCCACCUAGUUGCCAUGUUUCCUUGGCUCCUUCUGAAAGUGACUUUUCCUAGUUUCUCUCUUGCCUGUCCAGUUUCAAAAACUUUCUCCUUUAAGGUAACCUUCUACCUCCCCUGUAGAUAUCCCAUAUGUAUUUAUCCAUAUACAUAUUAUCUUCCCCAUUAGAAUGUAAGCUCCUCAAGGGCAAGGACUGAUUUUUUUUUAUCUUUAGAGAUAUGGGUUUGACAUAUGGUUGGGACCUUGGGGAAGGUCUGUUGAUGAAUUAUGAUCAAUUCUGUAAGGGGUAAAAAUUAUGGUAGAAUUGAAUAUUUAAGAGUAUGGUCACCAGGAAUUUAAUGACUAAAUUCCAAUGAAUUACUCAGACCUAAUCAACGUAGGACUUCUAUGAGGCUAACUUCCAACCAUGAGUCAAAGCUCUUGACAAGGACAAUUUGGUCACCUCCCCAUCCAACCCACAUGGCACCCAAACCAAUGUCAUGUACCUAUUUUAGGACUAGAUUGAGGGUCCCAGGGAAAAGGAACGAGGUUCCAUUUAUUGGUUGAUGUAAAAAGGGUCUGUUGGGCAAAUUACAAACCUAUCAGAUAAUUUCUCAGCCUUGGAACCUUGGAACCUGAAUCGGGGGAAGGCCUGCAAACAUUUCCCAUAGACUCCCUACUCUCCACCCAGCCAGUAUUCAAGGCCUUCAGGGACUCCAAGCUGGGUACUCAAGGACACUCCCAGCAGAGCCUUGGUUUUGGACAGAGGUGAGAGGAAAAGGGUGGUUCCUUAUCCUCUCAUUGCAGUUCAUCCAACACUGCCAGCCAAAUUCCUGUCCUGAACAUUUCUGGGAACUUGCAGCCCUUCCCCAGAAAUCUGCUUUGCUAUUUUUCUUUUGUCCAGGGCCGGAAAGUUCUAAUGAGCACCUCUUUACAAUAUUUUCAAGCCUACAAGGUGAGUUCACCAUCUGCUACUGGCACAGUAGAGGACUCUGGAGUCAGGAAUACCUAAAUUCAAAUUCAGCCUUAGAUACCUGCCAGCUCUGUGCCCCUGGAUAAGUCACUUCACCUCUGUCUGCCUCAUUUUCCUCAACUAUUAAAAAAAGCACCUGUCUCCCAAGGUUGUUGUGAGAAUCUAAUGAGAUAGUAUUUGUAGUGUACUUAACACAGUGCCUAGCACAUAAUAAACAUUUAUUAAAUACUUGUCCCCUUCCCUCCUCCAAAAUUGUGCCCUGAGAUGAUUACCCAUUUGAUUUUCUGUAUUAUUUUCUUGGUAGUUUCCUAGAAAUCUAUAAAUAAACUCAUUUAAAAAACACACACAAAA